AUAUAAGUGGUCGUUUAUAUAUAUUCAUACUUGCCUCCUUCCAUAUACCUCUAUGCUCAUGAAAAAUCGGAGACUUGCUUGAUGAUUUUUAUGUGUCUUUCUAACCAAAUGAAGUAGAGAGUUUCUCUGUCUUGAAAAUUAGAUUUUGUGUAGAGGUUUUAGGAAUUGCUCGGAGAAGGUGAUUAUAUACAUGCAUGCAUGAGUCAAUAUUUUGAGCAGCGGAUGAUCUAUGAUAGUUCAUGUAUAUGUGUUCAUUGAAUGUACUCGAGCAUGCACUAGAAAUAUUUGAUUGAAUAUGGACCAGCUCAGUAACCCAAACUCAAUGACCAGCUCAGUCGUCACAGCCGGUGGCACCAGUGACAAGAACAAGGGUGUAGCGGUCCAGCAACAACCAUGUAUGGCUCGUGAGCAAGACCAAUACAUGCCAAUCGCUAACGUGAUAAGGAUCAUGCGUAAAAGCUUACCGGCGCACGCCAAAAUCUCCGACGACGCUAAAGAAACGAUUCAAGAAUGCGUCUCCGAGUACAUCAGCUUCGUGACCGGUGAAGCCAACGAGCGUUGCCAGCGCGAGCAGCGUAAGACCAUAACUGCUGAAGAUAUCCUUUGGGCUAUGAGCAAGCUUGGAUUCGAUAACUACGUGGAUCCCCUCACUCUGUACAUUAACCGGUACCGUGAGAUAGAGACCGAUCGUGGGUCGGCCCUUAGAGGUGAACCUGCAGUGUCGUUCAGACAAACCUAUGGAGGAAGUGGUAUUGGGUUUCACGGCCCACCACAUAGCCUACCUCCUUCGGGUCCUUACGGUUAUGGUAUGGUUGAUCCAACCAUGGGUAUGGGUGGUGGUCGGUACUACCAAAACGGGUCUGGUCAGGAUGGAUCCGGGUCUGGUACUGGUGGUUCUUCGUCUUCUAUCAAUGGAAUGUCGUCAGUUUAUGACCCAUAUGGUCAGUAUAAGUGAAGAUGCAUGUAAUCAUUCUUCCUUUUUUCUAUUCAAAGCAUGUAUUUGGAUGAAUAUUAUAUUUUUAUGUCUUAUGAAUAACAUUUCUAUAUAAUGUUGCUUCUUUAAGGAGAAGUGUUGAAUUUCA